CAUACACCAGCAGCACAGGGAAGGGGGCUCAUUUGCCUCGGCCAGAACUAUGCAGGGCUCUGAAAUGCAAGGCCUGAAUGUGGAAGGGACCAUGAGGCAGGAGCAAGCCCAGGCGCCUAGGGUAAGAGGGUAGCUUUCUCCCUUGUGUGCCCCAUGGGGAGGGCUCUCCCCUUAAACUGCCUUGAGAAGCAGCACCACACACACACCGGCAGAAAUUCAGCAGGCAACACAUAGAAGAAGCAAGGCCUGCUGCUGGUGUGAAAAGGCACAGGACCUACACAAGAGUAGAAAAGGAAAAGCCUGAGCGAUCAGUUUCUUCUCACAGCCUCUGCUUGGGAGAUUCCAUAUGGUGAGGGGGAGGCAGUGGCAGGUGGGAGGGGCCCCAAGACUGCCCAGUCCUGGAAGGGAAUAGGGUCUGUCUAGGAAAUCCUGCCCCGUAGGGUUAACCCCUGCUGAGUCUCUUCUAUUGUUGGGGGAGAGCAACUGGCCCUAUCCAGCCCCAGCACAACAUCCCUCCAGUGGCUGUUGCAGGUGCCUACCUUUUGUCGCUUUUUAGAGGGUAGCCCUUUAAGGACAGGGAAUCCUCCUAUGUAUUAUUUAUUUAUUUUUCUAUCCAAACCACUUUGUGGAUUUUUGUUGUUGUAAAGUACCUUUAAAGUGAUAUACAAGUAUUUCAAGCAAGCAAGCAAACGAACAAGGGUUAUGCUUUCAUGGGCCAGCUAUAAGACCAAUGCUGCUGGGUGGGUAUCCUCUGCAUACAGUAAAAGCCAUUUCAGUUUUUGUCUCUUCUCAAUAGUCCAUCUCACACCUGGCCCUUCAGUGCAGCAUCCUCGCAUGGUCCUGUUCCCCAAGUGAUUGUUCGCAGUAGAUUUGCCUACAUUCACCUUGCAAUGGAACCUGGAUGUUGCAAAGCAUCUAGCAAAAUGGUUACUUAGGUAGAGGCAGGGCCUCAAAUCAUAGACAAGAGAUCAUGUAUGGAAGGCGAAGCAGCAGGAACUGAGGAGCAAGCUGGUGUUGGAAAUGAGCACCUCGUGUUGCCAAGCUGUCGGUCAUUUUGGAUACGUCUGGCAAUUGGGAGAUUCCAUUCCAGAACACCCUGGAACCACAGUCUGGGAUACCUGGAAUGACUACUGCUCAAGCCUCAGAAAGAAGGAAGGCUGGUGAUGAGAUUCAAGGAGGCUGGAGUGAGCUCCCGAUCCACUAAUUUCAGUUAAUGAUUGAUCAGCUAAUUUACAGCAGGAACCAAAGUCUGAGGGAUUCAGAGCUCCAUGGCCUACAGCAGAAGCAAGCAGCCUUCCCAGGUUCCCGCAUAAUACAAGGUCUUUUUGCCCUAGCAGGAUGGUUUGGCACUCAUGGACACUUCUCUCCAUGUUCCUGGCAGUAGCAUCUGUGAAUGGGAAUACAUCACCACAAUUUAAUAUGAGCAGCAUAUUCCGUGUGCCGGAAGACACACGUGUAGGAGCCUGGCUUUUCAAGUUGGUGGCUGUGGAUGCUGACCAAAAUGAUACUUUGGUCUAUAGCAUACGGGGUACAGAGGCGUACUACUUCUCUGUCAACAGCAGUUCUGGAGACGUGAUACUGAAGCAAACACUGGAUUAUGAGAAAACAAAGACCAUUAUUAUUGAUGCUGUAGUUAAAGACAAUUUCAAUGCUGAGGUCUCUAAAAAACUCACCAUCAUUGUAGAAGACCGAAAUGACAACAAGCCAGUAUUUGAAUAUGAACCCUAUUUUACAGAUGUUCUUGAGAAUACAACUGUCGGCUCCCCAAUCUAUACAGUUUUGGCCAAGGAUGCAGAUACCGGAAGCGCUGGGCGUGUAUCCUAUUCAAUUGAAGAUGUCAUCCCAGAUGAUGUGCAGAAUCAUAAUCUCUUCUACAUCCUAUACAAUGGCACUGUGGUGUUGAAUGGCUCACUCAGUUACAAUAACAAGAGCACGUUCUACCGAAUCAAGAUCCUAGCCAAGGAUGGUGGGGGAUUGCUGGACGGUCAAUUGGUCCAUCAGAACAACACGGCCUAUCUCUCUGUGACAGUGGUUGAUGUGGCUGACCUGGACCCCCAGUUCCUGGGAGAGCCCUAUGCAGGCUCGGUACCAGAGAACUGUGCCCUGGGUACUUCAGUGGUGACGGUGAGAGCCAUCGACAGGGACAAGGAAGUGAAUGAUAUCAUCUAUUAUAACAUCACUAAUCCCACUAAUUUAUUCAGAAUUGACCGUAUCACAGGAGUCAUUACUGUGAGUGGCAACCUGGACCGAGAAGGUGAUCCAGGUGAACAGGUGCAGCUCCAGGUUGUGGCUCGAGAGAAAAACCUGAAUAUUUACCAGCAGGUGGCACAGGUGAGCACCAUUGUCACCAUCCAGAUCACUGAUAUCAAUGACAACAUUCCUCAGUUCUAUUCAUGCAGAUACCCUGCCUGCAACUUCACAGCACCUCCAGAGAGCAACUUUUUGGGUUACAUAGAGGAGCAUGCUUCUGCCAGAACGCCUGUGGACAAUCUGACCAUUGUGGCCUAUGAUCCUGACAAGGGUUCCAAUGGCACUUUCCAGCUGUCCCUGAGGGGUCCAGAUGCAUUUGCAUUCUCAGUGUCACCCCAGCAGAUUGUGAACGUAGGCACCGUGCAGGUGCUAGUGAGCAAUUCCAGUCUUGUGGAUUAUGAAAAGACACAUACUAUGAUUGUGGAGAUUGUAGCAAAUGACACUGGGAGGACAACUGAUUGCUGCUCCUAUGCCACCGUCACCAUUGAUCUUGUUGACAUCAAUGACCACAGGCCUGAGUUCAGCCAGAGUGACUACAAGCUCUAUGUUCUGGAGGACAGCCCAGCUGGAACCAUUGUCUCUCCUGGCAUCACAGCCACUGAUCCAGACAGCGGGAAGUUUGGAGAGAUCACUUACGAGCUGCUGCCUCAGAGCGUCCAGUCCACUUUUACCGUGAACGCAACAACAGGUGCCGUGCUGGUGGCCAAUGGCAGUAAACUAGACUGGGGAACCCGUUCUACCUAUUACGCCACUCUGCAGGCAGUGGAUGGGGGUGGCUUGUCUGGUUCCACGCAGCUGGAGAUCUCAGUUAUUGACAUCAACAACAAUCCCCCAGUGGUAAUAGGUUCCUACAACAUCUUUGUUACCGAGGGCAAAAAUAUUGACCCUGUCAAGAUCCAGGCCACUGACCAGGAUGACCCUAAUACUAAUAAUAGCCGCUUACAAUAUGAGAUUAUGCCAGGUGAAUUCAGCAGCAACUUCACUAUCAACCCAGACACAGGCAAGCUGAGCAGCAAUGGGCCACUGGACCGGGAAGCCAUCCCUGCAGAGCUCAACGGCGUAAUGGUGGUGACAGUACUUGUGCAUGACUUGGGCAUCCCUCAGUUGAACACCACUGUCAAUGUCACCAUCACUGUGGAGGACAUAAAUGACAAUGCACCGAGAUUUGAGAGCUCUUUUUAUGAGUUCUCGGUUCAAGAAGGCUUACCAGGAAUCUCUGUAGGCAAUGUGACAGCCACAGAUGCUGACCAGACAGAGAUCAACAAUCGUAUUACAUUCAACAUUGGAAACAGUCAGGACUCCAGCAAAUUCCUGGUAUAUGCCAGCCAGCUGGGGCCUGGCUGGUACCAGGGGAACUUGUGGCUGAAACGUGACAUUGCUCUUGACUAUGACCGGCUGCAGGAGAAGUUCUUCGAUUUGACCAUGCAGGCUGAGAAUUCAGACUUUGGUGGGGCAGUGGAAACCGCCACAGCCACAGUGAGGGUGAAUGUGCUGGACAUCAAUGAUGAGCCCCCAUCCAUCAUUCCAUCUCCACCGCAUGAUAUCGAGGUCCUGGAGAACAUCACCCUGCAUGAGUUAGUGGAAACGCUGAACGCCACCGAUCUGGAUGCCAACAGCUCACUGGUUUUCCAGGAGUUAGCUGUAGCCUGCUUCAAGAACUCCGCUAAUGCAGGCCACAGGUGCCGGGACUGGUUCCACCUGGAGCCCAAUGGCUCACUUUAUGUGACUAGUUCAGGGAUAGACUAUGAGACCUGCGAUCUAGUGGAACUUACCUUGCGUGUUAAAGAUGAGUUCACUGAGGUGGGAGACCCCUACAGUAGGAAUGAGACCCUGAGAAUAAAAAUUGUUGAUGUGAAUGACAACCCACCAUUGUUCCUUCCUGUGAUGGAUACCUUUGUGGUAAUCCCAGAGAUCUCGCUAGUGAAGGUGGCUGAGGUCAAGGCUAAAGAUCGUGAUUCAGGGGUGAACUGUGUGAUCACGUUUGCCAUCUCCAAGGUAGUUUUCAUCCCAGACAACGGGCCCAAACAGACCCUUACAAAUCUUUUCAAAGUGGUGACAACAGUAGAGGAGGACAUCUACGUUGGAAGUAUCCAAGUUGCAAGCAACCUUGACAAGUCACUGAAGGGCCGAUAUCAGUUGAUGGUGGAAGCCAAAGACCAUGGGACUCCCCCACUGAGUUCCUCAACAUCACUGGAUAUCUUCACUGUGGAUCAAAGCUACCGCGUCACGCUGAGGUUUAGCACCUCUUUGCAGGAUGUGCAGACCAACUUGGAGAAAAUCAAAGCGGCUCUGUUUGUGGCAACACAAGCAACAUUCUACAUGGCAUCAAUCAAGUCUAUAGAGGAGUCAUCAAACUCCAGAUCUAAGAGGGCUCAGGAAAAGACAGUGAUGGAGGCCUAUUUUGUCAUCAGCAAUGGCACAGCUCUAACAGGCAACACUGUGCGCACGCUCAUCCAGGAAAACGACAAGGCCUUGGCGCAGUUGCUCAGCCUUGGACUGCUAAUCAUCACUGAUUCUGUGGAGCCAACAAACACCAGCAAGGAGCUGCUGCUGUUCGGUAUCAUUGUAGGUCUGGCUGGGGCUGGGCUUCUCCUCCUCAUCAUCUUGAUUCUGACUGUCAUGGGCAUGAGGAAAAGUUAUGGGAGGAAGAUCAAGGCCCUGAAAGCCCUGAAAGUGGCUUCAACAUUCUCAGCGAAGGCCAUGCAGCAGGGACCUGCAAUCCCUGGGACCAACAAAUACAACACAGAAGGGGCUAACCCUGUGCUUGGUUUCUCCUUGGACCCUUCCAUGGACCUGGGCUUUGAGGACAACUCCAGCGUGGAGGUGGCUAGCCUGAACUCCUUAGAUGAGAACACAGUAGAUGCUCCAGAGAGUGGUCCAGCCACUGUUCUGAAGCUGGGCAGAGUCAGUGCUCGAUGGCAAGCCGAUGGCUGGGAAGAGCCCUUGGAAGCUGCCCUAGAAAGCCACUCCCGUCACACAGCUGAAAACAAGCCACAGCAGCUGAGGCCUCCCAAGGAAGAGCCUUUGUCCUUCACCAACUCCUCUUUGGACACUACAGAUCUGUGACGGCACCCAUCCUCUCACCUGGCAAAGGAGGAUGCAGCCGGCUGUGAGCAGGACACAUGGGGGAGCAACUCUGGCCUGGCGAAUUCACACCAGCAGUGGCAAGAAACACUCGCCACUCCUGGGGAAUACUUUUAAACUGGUGGUUUAUGGUUAUCUGUAUUAACUCCCCCACAGGCCUGUAUGCUAACCAGGACCAAGUCUGGCCCGAGCUUGAGCCAGAAUGAGAGAACACACCACACAAGAAGAGGGAGCUGAUCAGUGCCUUCCACGUGAGGUUGUGUCAACAAAGCAUUUCUGCAACGUGUCUGAAAAGUGGGAUGCAACAUGCCAUCUCCCAUUAAAGACUGGGCAGGUAACAGGGGUUCCGAAGCAAGCUACUAGUCUCUGGGCACACAGCCUGCACCAUGCAGCUCCAUCCCUCCCCCCACCUCAUUCCUGGCAAAGACAGUGGCCUCCAGUGACCUCCUUCCCCUUCUUGGACAUCGUGCAGCAGUGAUGUCUGGGUAGUGCAUCCAGACCCCUCUGCAUACGCAACUAUGAAGUACUAAUAAAGGAACCAGCUAUU